AUGUUCACCCGCGUGUCCUCCCGCAUCGCUUCUGCCGCCAAGCGCAGCGCCACGCGCACCUUCGCCACGCAAUCCCGCGCCGCGUCGUCGAUCAAAGCACCCGCUGCUCUGGCCGUCGCUGCAGCUGCUGGCGUCGCGGCUUUCGCACUAACCGCCAUGCCCAUUGCCGAGAACAAGGGCACCAGCGACCCGACCAUUACGCCUCACGCUGGCGUGCCUGGCACCUCGAAGGAGCGCACGUUCAUUGCCAUCAAGCCAGACGGCGUGCAGCGCGGCCUCAUCAGUGAAGUGAUCGCUCGCUUCGAGAAAAAGGGGUACAAGCUCGUCGCGCUCAAGCUCAUGACGGCCACGGAAGAGCGUGCGAAAGCGCACUACGCCGACCUGUCGGAGCGCCCUUUUUUCCCCGGUCUCGUCGACUACUUCACCUCGGGCCCCAUCGUCUGCAUGGUCUGGGAAGGCACGGACGUGAUCCUCACGGGUCGCAAGAUCUUGGGAGCCACGAACCCGAACCAGGCAGCCCCUGGCACCCUGCGUGGCGACAACUGCAUUUCCACGGGCCGCAACCUCGUGCACGGCUCGGAUGGCCCGGACUCGGCCAAGCACGAGAUUUCCAUGUGGUUCACUGCUGCGGAGAUGAGCAAUUACGACCGCGCGCUCGACACGUGGAUCGUCGCGGACAACUGA